AUGGCAAUCAUUGAUCAUGCCUUAGUAGUAAUAGAUGUACACAGAGCAGCUCAUAAUAGCACCUAUAAUGAAAGCUGCUUAUUUGAUAGAUUAAAUGAUUAUGAAUUACCUGUUACUUUGACUGAUUUGUUAGAUAAUAAUAAUCAGCUACUUCAAAAUGUUUAUCACAGCUUUAAAGAAAGAUGUUAUUAUUUGAAGAAUACGGUAAAUAUUUCUGUAUUAAAAAAAACAAGAAUUAGAUGUGUUAAAGAAGAAUUAUUUUCUUAUACAUAUCCACAAGAAUGGGUUUAUCCAGUUGAAACAAAAUCUGAAAUGGCAGAUCUGAAGAAAGUUGAGGAUUUUAGAAUUGUUAUAGGAAAGCAGAGAUCAGUUAUAAAAGCUGUUACAAGAAGAGCAUGUAAAGCAAUGGUUAUAGCAUUCAAAAGGCCCGUAAGAUUGUAUUUAACUGUGAAA